UCUCUCUCUCCUCUCUUUCUCACACACACCUCUCCCCCCUUCCCUUCCCCUCCCUCCCUGUUCUUCGCGACACUUCGCGUACACACACACUUUUCUUUUCUUUUUUUCCGUUUUCUUUUUCUCAGCCAAAUGUCCACGACAACAACGUAAUAAUUGUACGGCACCCGUUCGUGCACAAACGUGAACGUGGAUGAGUGAUCGUAUUUUCACGCGACGGCCGAUCGUCGGCUAUUCGUACACCUUGUGCGAGAAGUGAAUGCUCCCGUACGUUUAACUGGUGUCAAUGUGCACACGGAGUGGCACUGUCGCGGCAACGGGAAGAGAGCAUUUCUGAAGAGAAGGGAAAAGAGAGGAAACGGAAAGAGAAAAGGAAAAAGAAAAGAUAGCCCGUCGUCUAGCCAGGAAAAUUCGACAUGAUGAAGAGCAGUGCUAUGCUUAAGAAAGAAAGCAAAAUGCGCAUACGUGCUUUCCCGACAACUAUGGAUGAAAAGUAUGUAGAAAGUAUUUGGGCACUACUGAAAAAUGCUAUUCAAGAAAUUCAGAAGAAAAAUAAUUCAGGGCUCAGUUUCGAAGAGCUUUAUCGGAAUGCAUAUACUAUGGUCCUUCACAAGUAUGGAGAACGUUUAUACACAGGUUUAAAGGAGGUUGUAACGCAUCAUUUAGAAAACAAAGUCAGAGAAGAUGUAUUGAGAUCACUCCACAACAAUUUUCUUCAAACGUUAAAUCAAGCUUGGAACGAUCAUCAGACGUCUAUGGUGAUGAUCAGAGAUAUUUUAAUGUAUAUGGAUAGAGUGUACGUGCAACAGCAUGAUGUGGACAAUGUGUAUAAUUUGGGACUUAUUAUAUUUAGAGAUCAGGUGGUGAGAUAUGGAUGUGUUAGAGAUCAUUUACGAGAAACUUUAUUAGGUAUGGUAGCAAGAGAAAGAAGAGGGGAAGUUGUAGAUCGUAUUGCGAUAAAAAAUGCCUGCCAAAUGUUAAUGUUACUUGGCAUUAACAGUCGUCAAGUUUACGAAGAAGAUUUUGAAAGGCCUUUUUUACAACAAAGUGCUGAAUUUUAUAGAAUGGAAUCGCAAAAAUUUUUGGCAGAGAAUAGCGCGUCAGUAUAUAUAAAAAAAGUCGAAGCUAGAAUUUGCGAAGAAUCAGAAAGGGCAAAGCAUUAUUUAGAUGAAUCUACCGAACCGCGAAUAGUAGAAGUCGUAGAAGAAGAGCUAAUUAAAAUUCAUAUGAAAACUAUCGUUGAAAUGGAAAAUAGUGGCGUAGUACACAUGCUCAAAAAUCAGAAAACUGAAGAUCUCGGUUGCAUGUACAAAUUAUUUUCAAGAGUUUCGGAUGGCUUGCGUACAGUGUGCGAUUGUGUCUCUCAGUUUCUUAAAGAACAAGGACGUGCCAUGGUUCAAGAAGAACACGAAUCGACAACGAAUGCUGUUCUCUUCAUUCAGAACUUGUUGGAUUUGAAAGACCGUUUCGAUCAUUUUCUUCACUAUUCGUUCAACAAUGACAAAAACUACAAACAAAUGAUCGCAUCUGACUUUGAAUAUUUUCUUAAUUUAAAUACAAAAAGUCCUGAAUAUCUUUCGCUCUUCAUUGACGACAAGCUGAAGAAAGGUGUUAAAGGGAUGACAGAACAGGAGAUUGAAGGUAUCUUGGAUAAAACUAUGGUUUUAUUUAGAUUUCUUCAAGAAAAGGAUGUGUUUGAACGAUAUUACAAACAGCAUUUAGCUAAACGUCUUCUCUUGAAUAAAUCCGUGUCCGACGAUAGCGAAAAAAAUAUGAUAUCCAAACUUAAGACUGAAUGUGGGUGUCAAUUCACAUCAAAAUUGGAAGGAAUGUUCAAAGACAUAACAGUCAGUAAUACAAUUAUGGAUGAAUUCAAAGAUCACGUCCUUACAUCUAAUACAAAUUUACACGGAGUGGAUAUAAGCGUUAGAGUUUUAACAACCGGCUUUUGGCCAACGCAGUCCGCCACUCCGAAAUGUAGCAUGCCAGCUGCCCCACGAGACGCUUUCGAUGCCUUCCGACGUUUUUAUCUUGCUAAACACAGUGGUCGACAAUUGACGUUACAGCCACAAUUAGGUUCCGCGGAUUUGAACGCUGUAUUUCACGGGCCGCGAAGAGAGGAAAAUAGUUGUGGUGGUUUAGAUACACCGUCGUCUUCGAGCUCCAUCGGUAAUGGAAGUGGUAGCGUAUAUGGUAGUGGAGUAUCCACUAAUGGUAGUAUUCUAAACCAGCGUAGCAACAGUUGCGGAAACACGAGGAAACAUAUAAUCCAAGUGUCAACUUAUCAAAUGUGUGUUUUAAUGCUUUUCAACAAAAGAGAGAAAUUGACGUACGAGGAGAUUCAAGGUGAAACCGAUAUUCCAGAGAGAGACUUGGUUAGAGCAUUACAAUCUCUCGCAAUGGGCAAAGCUACCCAGAGAGUGUUGUUGAAACAUCCUCGUACAAAAGAGAUAGAGCCCUCGCACUAUUUCUGUGUCAAUGACAGUUUUACCAGUAAAUUGCACAGAGUAAAAAUACAAACGGUAGCUGCGAAAGGUGAAUCGGAACCUGAAAGAAGAGAAACUCGUAACAAAGUAGAUGAAGACCGAAAGCACGAGAUAGAAGCAGCUAUUGUUCGUAUUAUGAAAGACAGGAAGCGUAUGCCACACAAUAUACUUGUAACAGAAGUAACAGAACAAUUAAAAGGCCGGUUUUUGCCAUCGCCCGUAAUAAUUAAAAAACGCAUUGAAGGUUUGAUCGAACGUGAAUAUUUGGCACGCACGCCAGAAGAUAGAAAGGUGUAUACGUACGUUGCUUAAUACCCAAAUUUAAAUGUUGGAUCUGUACAAACAUUGUUCUUUUACGAACAUAAUUAAGAUGAUCACGAAUGAGGCAUUCCACAUCACGACCGUAUACAACUCGGAUCACUGAUUCAACAUUCCAUUAAUUUAUGAUUUAUUGCCCGUACGAAUCAAUUUCUAUUUUAUGUUUUAGGCUUUGAUAAAUUUUGAUAUUGUCUCCUCUCAUUUUUAAUACAGCUGUUGUACGUAGUGUCGCGUGUUAAUUUCAGUUCUGUUAGUUCAAAACCUAAAAUUUAAAAUAGAAUUUCAUUUAAACAAAAAAAAAAGAGAUCAAUAAUUUUGUAAGAUAAAUUGAAAUUAAUUGAUGUUGAUUGCCUCGUAAUUUACAUGCAUAAUUGGCUAGUUUGGUGGAAAAGGUUGACAUGAAAAUAAUCGAACGAGUCAGAGCAUAUACUUCCAAGUAUAAGAUCAUGUUUUAUGAGUAAUUUCUGUAAAAAUUCUUGAUAUAUCCCCUCUUUCCCUGAAUUCAUUUCAUCGUAUUUCAGUUACAUGUGAUUGAUUUAGUUAAGUAUAUGAAAACACUUUCUGUAAUAGAAGAAUUGUAAUUUAAAUUUAAUAAGAUUUAGUUGAAUAUACAUUAUAUACAAACAUUUAUUAGUAAUAAAUGGACAGUAAGUUACAGUCGUCAAAAUUGAUUCACCCAGUGUGUAUGUCGUUUUUCGACCAUUUUUUACAUUUGUAAAGCCUAUAAUUAUAUCCCAGUGAUCAAAAAAACAUUUGUAGAUGUAGCAUAAAUUUUAUUAAAACUGUUAGCGUUAAAGAGUGAUUUUAUUUACAUUCGUGAUUAUCUAUUAUAUGUGUACAUAAACAGUGUGAAUGUAUAUCUAAGAAUAUAUUUGCCUCAUUUUCAA